UGCUGAGGCCGGAGAGGAGACUCAGGCACUUGAGGGUCACCCCACAGGCAGCUGGACCUGCUACACCCAGAACCUCCUUUUUUCCUGACCCAGGUGGUACUUAAUGGCAGUGCCACCUAAUAUCAGGGCCACCUGGCAAAUCUCUUGGGGGUUUGAGCCCAAAUAACGUGUGGGUCCCUCACUCGCCUUAGCUGGGUCAGCUAUCCCUUUUCUACUGGGAACUGGCUUUGCCAAAGGCCUGUCUUUCCAGCGCUCUAUGCCGGACAGCUUUCCGUGGUUUGCGGUACUAAUGAGCUUCCUUCUUUUACCCCCUGCCCCAGCCAGCCUUGCUACUGCCUGGGGAAUUUGCACAAAUGGUGUAUGAUUUGCCCCUUCUGUGUUUUCCUUUCUGACUUGGAGGUAAAGAAAACCCUUCACCCCCCACUGACUCUCUGUUUAUUCAACUGGGAGAGCUUUCACACCCAGAGACCCAGGCUUCCCCUCCCAGAGCUCCCUGUUCUAAAUCCUCACCCCUCCUCCCAGGUCCCCUCCAGCCCCAAGCUGCCCUGAAUAAUUUAUGAGGCCAGGCAAGCCUUAUAAAAGGGUCUCCCAGGAAAGGCCAAAAGAAUGCAGGAGGUUCUGAGAAAUAAGAGCCCCUAUGACCUGCCUGGCCUCGACCCCCUAAGGAUGGACCCUUCCAUUCCCUCGGCUGCUGCCCCUGGCCUAUUAAGUCCACCACUGCUUGUCUCCUCUGGACAACAAGUAGGUGGCAGUGACAGAGGAGCGUGUCUUUGGAGGCCCUGGCUGUCCUCUGCAAGGGACCUACCACAGUGGUGGGGGAAGAAAGGCAUCGAGGCGGCCACUGGUGGGGCGACAGGUGCCAAAGUCAUAAAGGCUGCCUCCGAGUUCCAUCACCCUGUCAGGCUCUUCUGGCCUAAAUCCCGCUCCUUUGACUACCUGUACAGUGAUGGGGAGAUUUUACUGCAGAACUUCCCUAUCCAGGCAACGAUCAACCUAUAUGAGGACUCAGAUGACGAAGAGGAGGAAGAAGAAGAAGAAAAGGAGAGAGAAGAAGAGAAGAAAUUGGAGACAGAUGAAAGGGGGCUGGGAGAGCAUGUGAGGGGACCAGGGUCAGCACCACCCAGGGCCAUAGCUCAUCCUCUUUCCCCACUCAUGACAGGCCCAAACUGAACCGGUCAGAGUCUGAUUGGGGUUCAGUAUGACUGGCAAGGCUCUAGAGCAGCAAUUAGCCAGGAAUCUCCAGAUAUAGCCCUCUAGACUGUAAGUUGGGUCCUUGAGUCACCAGCAUACCCUGGCCAUAUUCAGUUGGCCUGUGGGCCCAGGCCUCUGGCAUCUCAUUGUCUGUGUUUCUGUCAUGUUGACAGUGUAAGGGUCCAAGAAGCUCUAGGGGAAGACCUGCUUUCUGAAGUUCCCAGGGAGCAGAUCAAGACAGUGCAUCCCCAUGCAGAGAGGAACACCUACUCUUCAGGGGUCUUUGACUUCCUGGCAUUCCAGCUGGCCCUAUAGUCUGUCUCCCCAUAGAAAGCCUGACUUCUGGCUUCUCCUCCAGGGAUUCCAACCUCAGAUCCAAGCAAAGUUAGGACACCUCAUUGAUGGGCCUUGCAGGAGAGGAAGGGGGCAUCUAGAAAAUCUGCUUGCUUUGGGGACCUCCCUCCAUUUUGCCUGCUAUCCACUGGGGUCUGUAUAUUGGUAUGAAUUGAAUCAGGAGAAAAAUAAACUAGACAAUGUGUGCCCUUUUCCUGGAA